UUGAUCACUCGCCCCUCGAUAUAUUUCAUCUUCAGUUACCGAUUUAACAAAACAAAAAUCCAUAGCCUAAGGUAAAAGAUGUUUGGAAUCGUAGCAUUUACCGUCUUUAUCUACAAACUUGAAGGUGUUCUUUGCAACACAACUUCAGUUGUUACUCCUUCYCCAUGGCUGUCACCAACGCGCAACUAUCCUGAGCAGUCUAAACUCCCCUCGUCAAGUCAGUCUGCGUCGUAUAUCAUAACAUCAAGUCAUGUGAAGUCCACGUUAUCACAUGCAAUUGUGUCAACAUCAGUAGUACGAUCAGUGCAAAGAUCCAUYACAGUUAAUACCACCAAAAUAACAUCUUUGAGAAGCACGACAACACCGUCACCGCAAUCAAAAAUCGCAAUGUACGCUGGGAUUGGUGGUGGCAUUGGUGCUCUUGCAGUCAUUGCUAUUGUUAUUAUGACUUAUGGCUGGUUCUCAAAACGCAAAUUGACAAGAAAUCGUGUCGAUAUCCACAGUAGCGAUCAUGGCAGCGAUCCGCCAUCGUGGCGGCAUUCCAACGUUAAACAUCCCCUUAGUUCAAGAAUAACUGAAAGGACAGAGAAUUCAUCGUCACAAAAACAUGAUAUGUGAAUACUCUCAUUGCAACAAAAAAUACGUAAAAUAAGCUGCAGCUUAAUACGCAGGAUUAUUACRCUACUGCUGSGAGACGCGCGUAAUACGUAGAUCGACUGCGCAGCCUAUACGCCCAUCAUACGCAGACURACACRGGAAUGACGCUGACUGGAAUAAAAGACAAACUACUGAUAA